AACGAGGGCUUAAAGGAGGCUCUUCAACAUAAAAAGAAGCAUAAGAAGAAGGGCAAAGCUCUUGACCUUCAACAGCGCCAGGAGUAUCACGGUGGCUCUGUCUUCUGGUCUCCUCGCAAGAUACGCGAGGCUCGAGCUAGAGAAGUAGUACGGGAGCGAGAUAAGAUAGAGGAGAAACUCCAAAAAGCACAGGCCAAGAAGCAGCGUGAGGAGGUUCAACUGCAGCGUCAAGUUAAGCUCGAGGAGAAGCGUGUAGAGAGGCAGAGGCUCAAGGAGAUAAGGGAGCUUGAGCGAGCUGAGAAAGCAGCUGAACGCGCGCGCAAAGUUGAAGCUCAACACCAGAAAAAAGCCACCCAACAAGCUCAACAACGCAAGCGUAAAGCCUCAAGAGCGCCCUCUUCUAAGAACAAGCGUCAAAAACGAGCGAUGGAGGAUAGAGCUCGCGAUAGAGUUGCAUCUCCUCCAUCGCCUCCACCACCAAAGACCACAUCACGUGGCCGCAACGUCAACCUCCCACAAAAAUUCAGAUAG